CAGGAAGUGACCCUCGGCGGAACAGUUGCCAUGGCAGCGUCCGUGCGCGUGGCUGGGCGGAGGGAAGAUGGCGGUGACUGGCUGGUUAGAGAGUCUGCGGGCGGCAGAGAAGACAGCGCUGCUGCAAGAUGGGAGAAGAAAGGUGCACUAUUUGUUCCCAGAUGGAAAGGAAAUGGCUGAAGAAUAUGAUGAGAAGACGAGUGAACUACUUGUGAGAAAGUGGCGAGUGAAAAGUGCGCUGGGAGCCUUGAGCCAGUGGCAGCUUGAAGUGGGAGAGCCAGCACUCCCAGGAGCAGGAAGCCUGGGGCCCGAGCUCAUCAAGGAAAGCAAUGCCAAUCCUAUCUUCGUGCGUAAGGACACAAAGACAAGUUUCCAGUGGCGGAUUCGAAACCUCCCCUACCCUAAGGAUGUCUAUAGCGUUGGUGUGGCCCAGAAGGAGCGCUGCAUUGUUGUCAGAACAACCAACAAGAAGUACUACAAGAAGUUCUCCAUUCCUGACCUAGACAGAUACCAGCUACCUCUGGAUGAUUCCUUGCUGAGCUUUGCUCAUGCCAACUGCACCCUGAUAAUCUCUUAUCAGAAGCCAAAGGAGAUCAUGGUGGCUGAGUCAGAGCUACAAAAGGAGCUAAAGAAGGUAAAGACGGCCCACAGUGAUGGGGACUGUAAGACCCAGUAGCUGGUCCCCAGCCUUGUUCUUCUGGCAUGGAGGAUGCUAUCUGACUUCCAGGCUUGGGCCUUUCUGGCAUGAGGCAACCUCCUCUCUCCUUGGAGCUACCUACAGUCUAUAGGAACUGGUCCAGGUGAUAUGCCAAACUCCUGUUCAUGGUCUUGUUUCCUGAGUAAAGUCAUUCUGAGUUAUUGCA